AUGGCAAGCAGCCAACUUGUCCUGAUCACCUCGUUGCUCCUUGCAUUAGCCUUUCCACCGAUGACCGCCUAUGACAACGUGCCAGCCAAGUCUGUAGAGAAAACUGCUCAAGUGGUGGUUGAAGGCAUGGUCUACUGCCAGAGCUGUGAUAACUACGGAUCAUGGUCUCUGUCAGGAGCUAAGUCCAUUGCAGCAGCUAAAGUUAGUGUUAUCUGCAAAAAUUACAUGAAAAGAACGAGCUUCUACAAGGCAUUUAAAACAGAUGAAAAUGGCUACUUAUUUGCACCGCUGGAUGGCUUCAAAAUGGGACAUUCCUAUCUUGACCAUCCUCUACAUUCAUGCCGCGUAAAACUGGUCGGCUCUCCUCUUGAAAACUGCAGUGUGUUCACUAAUGUCAACUAUGGAAUCACCGGUGCUCGACUCCGAUUUUUAGACAAAAAAUUGAGGUGGAGUAAUUAUGAGGCUGUAAUUUAUGCUGCAGGCCCCUUCGCUUUCCGGCCAGCUUACUGCCUCCUAAACCAGAAUAUUAAUUGAUUU